AUGACGGCCCCUUUCCCUCACCUCCAGCAAGCACAUCUUCAGCAGCAGCAGCAGCAGCAGACCCAGCACCACGCUGGGCACCCGCAGUCCAACGCCGGCCUGCCCCCUCCCUCGCUGGGCGGACACCCCGGAUUCGGGCCCAGCAACCCCCAGUCAAGCAUCAAUCCCUUCAGUAUACCCGGUGCCAAUGGUAUUGGAGUUGCCGGCUUCCCUACCGGAGCGGGCGCGGGGGUGCUGGGCGACGGGAGUGGCACCGGACUCGCCAGCCAUGCCGCACAGAUGGGGUUUGUAAGGGGUGCUCAAAUGCAGCAACAACAGCAACAGCAACAGGCGCAACAACAACUACAACAGCACCAAGUCCAGCAGGUUCAUCUCGGCCAUGACGGUCGCCUCACCAUGGACACCAAGAGUAACGCCGUCAAAUCGAGGAUACGUGAUGUCUGGAAGCACAACCUGGCGCAGGAAAUGGCCAUGCUACGGUCAUUAGUAGAGAAAUACCCAUACAUCAGCAUGGUAGCCCAUCCAUCCCCCUCAUAA